AUGUCCCUGCUGUCUCAGUCCCUGCUGUCUCAGUCCCUGCUGUCUCAGUCCCUGCUGUCUCAGUCCCUGCUGUCUCUGUCCCUGCUGUCUCUGUCUCUGCUGUCUCAGUCCCUGCUGUCUCAGUCCCUGCUGUCUCUGUCUCUGCUGUCUCAGUCCCUGCUGUCUCUGUCCCUGCUGUCUCAGUCUCUGCUGCCUCAGUCUCUGCUGUCUCAGUCUCUGCUGUCUCUGUCCCUGCUGUCUCAGUCUCUGCUGUCUCUGUCCCUGCUGUCUCUGUCUCAAUCUCUGCUGUCUCAGUCCCUGCUGUCUCAAUCCCUGCUGUCUCGGUCUCUGCUGUCUCAGUCUCUGCUGUCUCUGUCUCAGUCUCUGCUGUCUCAGUCUCUGCUGUCUCAGUCUCUGCUGUCACAGUCCCUGCUGUGUCAGUCCCUGCUGUCUCAGUCCCUGCUGUCUCAAUCCCUGCUGUCUCAGUCUCUGCUGUCUCUGUCUCAGUCCCUGCUGUCUCAAUCCCUGCUGUCUCGGUCCCUGCUGUCUCGGCCCCUGCUGUCUCAGUCUCUGCUGUCUCAGUCCCUGCUGUCUCUGUCUCAGUCCCUGCUGUCUCAGUCUCUGCUGUCUCAGUCUUUGCUGUCUCAGUCCCUGCUGUCUCGGUCCCUGCUGUCUCAGUCCCUGCUGUCUCAGUCCCUGCUGUCUCUGUCUCAAUCUCUGCUGUCUCAGUCCCUGCUGUCUCAAUCCCUGCUGUUUCGGUCUCUGCUGUCUCAGUCUCUGCUGUCUCAGUCCCUGCUGUCUCGGUCCCUGCUGUCUCAGUCUCUGCUGUCUCUGUCUCAGUCUCUGCUGUCUCAGUCUCUGCUGUCACAGUCCCUGCUGUCUCAGUCCCUGCUGUCUCAGUCCCUGCUGUCUCAGUCCCUGCUGUCUCAAUCCCUGCUGUCUCGGUCCCUGCUGUCUCAGUCCCUGCUGUCUCUGUCUCAGUCCCUGCUGUCUCUGUCUCAGUCCCUGCUGUCUCAGUCUCUGCUGUCUCAGUCUCUGCUGUCUCAGUCCCUGCUGUCUCGGUCCCUGCUGUCUCAGUCCCUGCUGUCUCAAUCCCUGCUGUCUCAGUCCCUGCUGUCUCAGUCUCUGCUGUCUCUGUCUCAGUCUCUGCUGUCUCAGUCUCUGCUGUCACAGUCCCUGCUGUCUCAGUCCCUGCUGUCUCAAUCCCUGCUGUCUCGGUCCCUGCUGUCUCAGUCCCUGCUGUCUCUGUCUCAGUCCCUGCUGUCUCUGUCUCAGUCCCUGCUGUCUCAGUCUCUGCUGUCUCAGUCUCUGCUGUCUCAGUCCCUGCUGUCUCGGUCCCUGCUGUUUCAGUCCCUGCUGUCUCGGUCCCUGCUGUCUCAGUCCCUGCUGUCUCUGUCUCUGUCUCGGUCCCUGCUGUCUCUGUCUCGGUCCCUGCUGUCUCUGUCCCUGCUGUCUCAGUCCCUGCUGUCUCGAACGUGA